AUGUCAGACUUCCCAGCGACAGAGAAUGGCAAAAUCUCCCUCAAGGGACGUGUUGCCAUCGUCACUGGCGCUGGUAACGGUCUCGGCCGCGCGUGAGUAGAUGCCCUGCAGCGCCAUCGUAGUGGUGAUACCUGCACAUUCUCGACUUUCGCUUACGCACCUUUGCGCUCCUCAUAGCUACGCGCUGAGCCUGGCCAAGCGAGGGGCAAAGGUCGUCAUCAACGAUCUUGGUCCCUCCACCCAAGACAAGAACCGCAAGGCAGCCGAGGUUGUGGUUGAAGAAAUCACAAAGGCAGGCGGAGAGGCCAUCGCCAACUUGGAUUCCAACCUGGAAGGCGCCAAGAUCGUCAAGCAGGCUGUCGACAAGUGGGGACGUGUAGACGUGAGUUUUGCAGAGGCGCCUGUCACCCUUGUACGGGGCAAUGAAGCUGUUCCUGCGAAGACGCCGGACAAGCUUUGCGAGGAGUGUGCACAUUGAGAGCUCGAUACAGCACGAGCUGACGGUCUCGCUUUCUUUUGAUAUCUGUAGAUCCUUAUUAACAAUGCUGGUAUUCUGAGAGACAAAUCGUGAGUGUGAGCUCCGGUCAAAUCCCGCCAAGAGCUGCCCUGACUGACUGACUGCGAUGCUUGGUGGUGCAGCUUCAAGUCCAUGAGCGACAAGGAAUGGGAUGCGAUCACCGCUGUGCACAUCACUGGCUCGUACGCGUGCGCGAGAGCCGCUUGGCCUCACUUCAGGGAGCAAAAGGUGCGCAUUCGGACUGUCUCACUCGAGCUGUACAGCGAGUUCCAAGCAUUUGCUUGAAGUCCAAGCUGACUCCUUCGAUCAUGGCGUUCUGCGGAUCCUUUGGUCGCUAGUUCGGUCGCAUCAUCAACAUCUCCUCGGCCGCUGGUAUCUACGGCAACUUCGGUCAGGCAAACUACUCUGCCGCCAAGAUGGCCAUGAUCUCCUUCACAAAGACCCUGGCAAUUGAAGGUGCAAGGUACAACAUUUUCGCCAACACUAUUGCACCCAUCGCUGCAUCCCAGAUGCUGGCUUCCAUCAUGCCUCCCGAGAUCCUCGAGAACCUGAAGCCCGAGUUCGUCGCACCUCUGGCUACUUUCCUCUGCUCGGCCGCUAACGAGGACAUCAGUGGCCAGCUCAUCGAGUCUGGUGCCGGCUUCAUGGCUUCCCUACGUCGCCAGCGUUCCCGGGGUGUUGUGUUCAAGACGGAUCAAAGCUUCACGCCAUCUGCCGUCAAGGCAAAGGUUGAUGAGAUUCUCGACUUCGACAACUCGCCCGAGUACCCCGACAAGAUCACUGACGCCAACCACUUGGAAUUCUUGGAGCGAGCCAAGGAAGCGAAGCCCAACGAGGGCAAGGACGAAGUCCGCUUCGACGGCAAGACGGUCCUCAUCACUGGUGCAGGUGCAGGUCUUGGAAAGGCGUACGCCGAGAUGUUCGGAAAGCUCGGCGCCAAUGUCGUGGUCAACGACUUCUCCGCCGACAACGCCAACAAGACUGUCGAAGAACUCAAAAAGGCGGGCUACAAGGCUGCCCCCGCUAUUGGCAGCGUCGAGGAUGGCGAGAAAAUCGUCAAGGCCGCUGUCGAUGCCUUCGGCGGUCUGCAUGUCGUGAUUAACAACGCCGGUAUCUUGCGCGACAAGUCUUUUGCCGGUGUCGAGGACAAGGACUGGCACGCCGUCGUCAACAUCCACUUGCGUGGUACUUACGCCAUCUGCAAGGCUGCCUGGCCAAUCUUCAUUGAGCAAAAGUACGGCCGCAUCGUCAACACGACAUCCGCUGUGGGCAUCUACGGAAACUUUGGACAGGCCAACUACUCUACUGCUAAGGGUGGUAUCCUCGGAUUCACCCAAACUCUGGCUAUUGAAGGUCAAAAGUACAACAUCUUGGCCAACACCAUUGCCCCUAAUGCUGGUGAGUCGUGAACGUGCGAUGCGACUCUGAUGUGCCCAGUGCGGUCCAUCUGAAAGUGUAAGCUAAUCGUGUGACAAAUACAGGUACCGCCAUGACCUCCACCAUCUGGCCCCAGGAGAUGGUCGAUGCUUUCAAGACGGAGUACAUCGCCCCUGCUGUCGGCUACUUGGCCAGCGAGGCCAACGAAGAGCACACCAAGCUGCUCUGGGAGGUCUCCGGAGGUUGGGUUGCUGCUGUCCGCUGGCAGCGUGCCGGUGGUCACGCUUUCAGCUUCACUCGCGAGCUGCAAGUCGAGUCCAUCCAGAAGCGAUGGGGUGACAUCUCCAACUACGAGUCCGAGGAGUCUUCCUUCCCAGCGAGCAACCAGGAAGCCAUGGAGCAAAUUAUGAGUGAGUGGAAAUUCGGUCGCGCCCGCGCGCUUGCUAGACGCGCGUGUUGCUUACGAUUGACGUGCGCUUUGCAGGCAACAUUGGCAAUGCAGGCGAGAGCGAGGAGGGUGACGAGGAGGAUGGAGAAGGUGACGAGGACUUUUCUCACCCAGAUGACCCGAAGGAGAUCGCUGAGGCCAAGAAGGCCAAGCCGGAGCCAAGCGAAUUCUCUUACACCGAGAGAGACGUCAUCCUUUACGCUCUAGGUGUAGGCGCAGGUGCCAAGGAGCUGCCUUACGUCUACGAAGGCGACGAUGACUUCGCUCCUGUCCCCACCUUUGGUGUCAUCCUCAGCUUCGGCGCUAGCUCAGGUCUGGACAUGGGUUGGCUUCAAAAUUUCGACCCUACCCGUUUGUUGCAUGCUGAGCAGUACCUUGCCCUGCACAAGAAGCUUCCCACCGAGGCGCUCGUUCGCAACGAGCCCCGCUUCAUUGAGGUUCUCGACAAGGGCAAGGCUGCCGUCGUCACCAGCCGCACCUUGACCAAGGCGGCCUCGGACGGCACUCUCCUCGCCACUUCGGAGAGCACUGUCUUCUGCCGUGGAGCCGGUGGUUUCGGCGGACAGAAGCAGGGCAAGGACCGCGGUGCUGCCUCGGCUGCCAACCAGCCCCCCAAGCGCAGCCCAGACAACAGCACCAAGUUCAAGACCGGAGCUGACCAGGCUGCGCUUUACCGCCUGUCUGGUGACUUGAACCCAUUGCACAUCGCGCCAGACUUUGCAAAGAUGGGAGGCUUCGACCAGCCCAUCCUCCACGGUCUGUGCAGCUUCGGCAUUGCAGGCAAGAUCCUCAAGGAUGUCUACGGUCCUUGGAAGGCGAUCAAGGUGCGCUUCACUGGUGUGCUCUACCCCGGCGAGACACUCCAGAUCGACUCUUGGAAAGAGGGCGAGCGCGUCAUCUUCACUGCUACCGCCGUCGAGCGCAAAUCUCCCGUGCUCGGUGCUGCUGCUGUCGAGCUGGGUGAGCUUAGCGAUUAA